AUGCCGGCCUUUAAGAGUGACCAGAGUUUAGACAAAUUGUAUCCCAAAUCCAACACCACUUCCUCGACAGACACCACUCCCGCAAAGCCGUCGACGGCCCAGCAGUUCACUGGACACAUACCCAUCGAUAAGCUUGAGAUCAGCUACUGCCGAAGUAGUGGACCGGGAGGUCAACACGUGAACACCACAAACACCAAAGUGACGGUUCAGUUGCACUUACAGUCAGCCGAUUGGAUACCACAUGAGACCAAACUGAGACUCCAAGAGCUGCACAAGAAUAGUAUAAACAAAGAGGGCUUUUGGAUGAUAAGGUCCGACAAGACUCGGAUACAGAUGAUGAACGUCGCCGACUGUAUGGACAAAAUUAGGUGUUAUAUCACUGAAGCCUCCAAACCAUUGUAUACGCCAUCAAUCGAGACACUCGAGAAGAUCCGUCUGAACCGAGAGAGGGCUGCCAUCAGACGUCUCGAACAGAAGCGGAUCCGUUCGGUGACUAAAUCGAGUCGACGUUCAGUCGAUUGA